UGAUUUCCAACACAUGGAAACAAAUCAACACAGCUUUGCAGAGCUGUGUAUGUAGCAAACUAAAAUCCGUAUUUAGUUUAGUUUCGAUAGCACUGAUCUGUGUUUGCCUACACACAACAAAAGCUCUUUUGUGUUCCUGAGGUGCUGUGUGCAUUGGAUUUGGACCUACAAAAGACACCCGUGGGCUGCUGCAGCCCACAGCACUGGGGUUUAAUUGCUGCCAGUUCCUGCUCCUAUGGUCACAACUGGGAGCUCAGCUGCUUUUGUCGUGCUCGAGGAGUUCAAUGAUAAAGGACACCAUUUUCGCUUUCAACAUGGAAAACCCAGAAUUCCUAAGGAGCAUGGAAUGCUGUUGCUCAGAACGGAAAUAACAGACUUUCACCAUCCAACCUGUCCAAUAAACUGCAUGCUAGCAGCUAAUACAGUAACUUUCCUUUAUAGAUCUUAUUUUUAAUAAAGGCUUUAGCUCUCCUUUCACGCAGAAAUGCCUUCGGAUUACCCUGUCAAACCUGUAUCGUGGCAAUUAACAGCAACCCCGGUGAGGGACAUACCGGCCAGCAAACGUCCCAGGUCAGCCUGCAAGGUCAAGUGCUAGAACGUUCCCCCGCCCCAGGCCAGCCCUUUCCCCACCUAUUUUACCGAGGAAGCGCCAACACCCGCCUCCCGUUCAGGUGACGAAGGCGGAACCUCACGGACAAACCCCCCCUCCCCCGCCGCCAUUUUACGCCGCCAGCCGCCCUCGGGGGCCGGAGCGCCCCGGGGCUAGGGCUGGCCUGUGCUGCCCUGGGCCCGCGGGGCCCUGCGGCGGUGGCGGCACCGGCGGGGCGGAACCGGAGCGCCCGGGCGGGGAACGGGGCCGCACCGGGGGCGCUCGUCACGUGACCGGGAGCGGCGGGGAAUGGCACGUGACCGGCGCUGGGGCCCGGCUUUGGGGCUCGGGCUCUUUCUCUGCUCCCCGUUCCCGCUCCCAGUCCUAACGCAGGCCUGUUCCCAAUCCCGUUACAGAGAGAUCGGCCCGGCCCCGCCCCGCUCCCGUAACAACGGCCAUGACCGAGAGCACCGGACACUCCAGCGCGCGGCCCCGCCCCUUCCUGCAGCGCCUGCCCAAUGGGCGAGCAGGCCGCGGUUUAAAUGGCGGGCGCGGGCCCGGCUCGUUGGUGCCGCCAUGGGCAGCGCUGAGGGCACAGAUUGGGUUGAUGUUGCCAAUGAUCUUUUAAGGACCUGUCACAUAAACCAGCACAUAAAGCACCUCUCAGAAUGUGGUGCUGACAUGUUUGUUCGUCUUUAUGAGUCAAUCUUAGGAGAAAAAGUACCAGAUUUCAUUGCUACUCCCAGAAGCCAAGAGGAUGAUGCACACAAUGCACAAGCAGUAAUAGAUUCCCUGGCACUGGAUUAUUUGCAGGUCAGCUUGUCUCACAUCACGGGUGAGAACAUUGUGAAAGGAGACAAGGAAUCUAUCAAAAACCUCCUUGAAAUAUUUGAUGGUUUGUUGGAGUAUCUUAGAGAAGUCAGUGAAACCUCUUCUCAGACUGGAGCUGAGAUAAAUGUGCUGUCUGGUGAUGAAAUUCAAAUUACAUCUCAAGAGCAGCUGGAAAGCACUGCUGAUCAGCUUUCAGAACAUACACUACUCUCAUCAGUUGAAAGGUCCCAGUCAGAAUAUUUUAUUCAAACUUGUGAUACAGAUGGCUCAGGAUCUACCAGUGAAUUAAUUAAACUUGGAGAUACUGCUUAUUCAUUUUCCAAGAGAGGAGAAGAAUUUCAGAUGCCUGUACUUUGUCUAGCAGAAAAAGACACGGAGGUAGAAGAAUCUGAAAGCACAGAGGCUCUUGCAGCAUUGCCCAGACAGUUCUCAGAAAGUGAAAAGGGGGCUGUAAAUGAAAGGGAAGAUGGAGGGAUGGAGUCUGUUCAUGCUGCUGAACCUCACAAAGGGAGUUUGAGUGUCAGUGCUACAAAACUGGGGGAGCCCAUCCAGCAGGCAAUUCCUCUGCUGCCCCCGUUCCAGCCCUCGGAUCCAGGAUGGAGAGAUCACCACAGCUCAGACAGACAGGCAGCAGCUCUGGCUUGCAGUCAAGCAGUGAACAUUCCUACUAUUGAAAAGUCACUUACCCAAAGAUUUAAUGAUGUUUCUGAUGGUCUUCCUCUAUCCAGAAAAACCCCUGCAGGCACGGUGCCAUUAACCCACAGUUACCUGUCAUCUGCUUCUGCAGUGGGAGAAAUGCUGGGAGGUGAUGCCAAAGACAAUGUGACAAAGGUGCCUCUGGUAUCUGAAUCUUCUAUAUCUACCUCUUUUGAGAAAAAGCUCUCACUAAGUGCUGAACAAGUAACACAAACCCCAAGACCUGAAUCUCAGCACUGGUCUAGAACAACAAGCAAAUAUGAAAAUUCCACCACAGAUUCAGCUGAAGAUUCCCUUUCCCACAGAACAACAAAGGAGAAGGUGCCUGAGCAGCAAGAGUUUAAUGAAGCAUCAGAAAAUCUGUCUCGCAUGCUAAAUGAACUAGAUUUAAUGUUGAAGAGAGCUUUGGGUGAGCACACAGGAGAAGAGGAGCUGACAGAUGAGGACAGCCUGUCCCACCACAGUGACAGUGUCAUGGACUACGGCCGAAGGACAGCUGGGAGAGACACAUCACAUCCAAGGUACCCAGGCAGGCCACGGUCCCUCUCUCCAGCCUCACCCUCCUCUCAGCACCAGGACCAUAAGCUGAGUGGCAGUGCAACAGGCCACAUAAAGACAGUACGCAGGCAGCUGCAGGAAGAAAGGGACGAAAGAACAAGAAAAACAAAGCUGGUCACUAAAGCUUAUGAAAAUGAGCUCAGAAUUUUUGAAGUGAGGGAGAAGCGUAGAAUUUCCAAGCUCAGAGAAGCUGCCAAGGAAAUGGAACAAGAGUACAAAGAAAAUGUCUUUCAAGAACCUCCAAAAGUGUCUCAGCGAGUGAAAGUUUAUUCUAGAAAAACCACACCUCAGUAUCCCAAAUACAGCCAGUGGAUUCCAAAACGAGGGACCACGAAGCCAAAGCAAGCAGCUCCAAUGACAAUAAGAGACAAUGACCUCCUCUUGCAGCUCCUGGAGGAGUUUCCCCACCUGCACAUUUCCCCCAAUACUCUGAAUAAAAUGUGGCAUCAGCAGCUUGCACAAACUAUGCACCUCAAGGCACCCUCUGCCAGACCUAGACCAAAACUCCAGAAUGAAGUUGAACAAGCCUUGAAGAAACAUGAACUGCUUGCUGCAAUUAUUAAGAGAGAUCAAGAUCACAGCAAGAGACUGCAAGAGAUCAAGCAGCGCAUCCACCGGCAGAAGUGGGCUCAGAACAAGGUGACGGAGAAGCGGCAGCAGGCGGCGCGGGCCAGGAAAUACUACGAGGAUUACAGGGUGCAGCUGCGGGCCAGGCUGCUGCGGGCCAGGACACGCGAGGAGAGGAUAUUUAAAAACUUAUUUGAAGAAGGCUUAGAAAUUCAGAAGCAAAGACUGAGGGACCUGAGAGUUUAUGCUCGAGAGAAGCGUGAUGAGCAACGGAGAGAGCACCAGACUGAGCUGGAGUCUCUGGAGAACUACUACAAAGACCAGUUUUCCAUGCUAGCAGAAGCUAUAUCUCAAGAAUUCCAAGAAAUCCAAACCAGAGAGAAAGCACAAGCACAAAUGCUACAAAAAUCAAAAAGAGAAGUGAGAUCAAAGAUGGAAAAGGAAAUACAGCAACUGCAAGCAGCAAUCAUGCACAAUGAUGAUGACACCUUUUUUCAAGAGCUGGAAGCAGACAGACUGAGAUCCAGACUUCAGAUUGCUUCCUUCCAGUACAGCCAAAGCCACUUCUUCUGAGGCUUGGGUAAAUGGCACUGCAGUCCUCCCUGGCUAAGAUGAUCAGAGUCUUUGAGAGCUGCUAUAAUGGGAAGAUGGUGUGAAGCUGGUUUUUUCUCUAAAAUACCUGUUCUGUCAUUUUGACCUGUCAGGGGUGUAGCUGCUGGGAACUGGGAUCUCCACAGCACUUUUAUGAUCAGCAAUAAAAUUUGUGAACUAAUUUUUA